AUGAAGGUGCACCAGCCCAGAGAUGGUAGCGCCGCAAAGCGCUGUCGCUUCACGACUCGUGUUGGUGGGAUGACCCAUGUUGAUGAUGAUGGUAAGCCCUUGUGCCGCAACAACCUUUGCGACAACCCCAUGCCGUUUGAUGGGAUGGAUGGAUCGAAUGAUUAUAAGGAUAAGUACGCUCUUAGAUUGAAGAAUGAUAUAAGAGAGCAAAACACAUGGCUGUGCAAGAUCGACGGGGAAAAGAACAAGAAGGUUGAGCAUUGUAGUUUUGAAGGUUGCGGCAAGCAUUUCGUUUCCCAUGGAAUCCCGAUUGCUUCGUAUUGA